AUGGUGGAUCUUGAAGACAAUGUAGAUGGCAGCAGCCAAGGUGUGGCGCCUCCCACUGUGGCCCACGCGGGGAAUUCUCUCCCCAGACGAGACCCUUCCGGAACUGAACUCCACGGGCUCGAGCCGUUUGACGGGCUAGAAUUCGAAUCCCACGAAGUCGCAUAUUCGUUCUACCAGAACUAUGCAAAAUCUAUGGGCUUCACAACCUCCAUCAAAAACAGCCGCCGCUCGAAGAAAACGAAAGAAUUCAUCGACGCCAAGUUCGCGUGCUCGAGGUACGGCCUCACACCGGAAUCCGACAGUGGGGUCAGCCGGCGGCCGAGCGUUCGGAAAACCGACUGCAAGGCUAGCAUGCAUGUGAAGAGAAAACGGGAUGGAAAAUGGUACGUGCACGAGCUCGUGAGGGAGCACAAUCACGAGCUCCUCCCGGCCCUCGCGUACCACUUCCGAGUNCAUGGGGGCGCCAGGCUGGCGGAGAAGAAUAAUGUGGACAUUCUGCACGUGGUAAGCGAGCGGACGAGGAAGACUUAUGUCGACAUGUGCAGGCAGUUUUGCGGGUCCCACGUAGCCUUCUCCGGGAGGAACGAGUUCGAGCCGGGCAGGUAUUUGGCUCUGGAGGAAGGGGAUGCUCAGGUUAUGCUGGAGUAUUUCGUUCGGGUCCAGAAGGAGAGUCCAUAUUUCUUUUACGCGGUUGACUUGAACGAGGAGCAGCGGCUCAGGAACUUGUUCUGGGUCGACGGGAAAAGCAGGAGGGAUUACACGAGCUUUGACGAUGUAGUUUUUUUCGACACGAGUUCUGUGAAGGGCGGCGAAAAAAUGCCGAUCGCGCUCGUUUUUGGCGUGAACCAUCAUUUUCAGCUCUUGCUGCUUGGUUGCGCCCUGCUGGCAGACGAGUCCAAGCCGUCGCUCGUCUGGCUGAUGAAGACGUGGCUCAGGGCAAUGGGCGGGCAGGCUCCGAAGACCAUAAUCAGCGAUCGAGACAAGGGUUUGCAGUUGGGGAUUGAAGAAGUGUUCCCGUAUUCUCGGCAUUGUUUUGCGCUCUGGCAUGUAUUGGAAAGAGUGCCCGAAGCCCUUGGCCACGUGCUCGAGCACAACGAAAAUUUCUUGAAGAAAUUCAACAAGUGCGUGCUCAAAUCGUCGACCGACGAGGAGUUCGACAUGAGGUGGUGGAAGAUGGUGAGCCGGUUCGAGCUGCAGGAGAACGAGUGGGUCCAUUCGAUUUACGCUGANNAGAAGUGGGUCCCGGCGUUCAUGCGGGACACGUUUUUGGCCGGAUUUUCCACUCAUCAGCGGUGUGAGAGCGUGAGAUCACACUUCGACAGGUUCUUUCACAAGAAACUCAACGUGAAGGAGUUCGUGAGGCAAUACGGGGUGAUGCUUCAGAGCAGGUACGAGGAAGAGGACGUGGCGGAUUUCGACACUUGGCACAAGCAGCCGGCUCUCAAAUCUCCUUCGCCUUGGGAAAAACAGAUGUCGUCGAUUUACACGCACGCGAUAUUUAGGAAAUUCCAAGUCGAGGUGUUGGGCGUGGUCGGGUGUCAUCCGAGGAAAGAGAAGGAAAAUGGAGGGAACACGAUUUUUAGAGUCGAUGACUGUGAAAAGUCGGAGAGUUUCACGGUCACGUGGAACGAGCCGAAAAUGGAGGUUUCAUGUUCGUGCUUGAUGUUCGAGUAUAAAGGAUUCCUCUGCAGGCACUCCAUGAUUGUACUCCAAAUAUGCGGUCUUUCGAGUAUCCCGUCACGUUAUAUCCUCAAGAGGUGGACAAAAGAUGCCAAGAGCAGGCAGUCUGUGGUGGAAGGGACCGAAAGAAUCCAAACGAGGGUUCAGAGGUACAAUGACAUUUGCAGAUGUGCUAUCGAGCUAGGAGAAGAAGGUUCCUUGUCCGAGGAGAAUUACAACAUUGCUUGUCGUGCUUUGGUUGAAGCUCUGAGGAGCAGUCUGAAUAUCAAUAACAGAAGUUCCGUAGAAUGUGAUAAUAAUAAUGGGAUUCGUUAUUCUGAAGAAGAGAAUCAAUUGCUACAUACUACCAAAACGAAUAGGAAGAAGAGUGCAAACAAGAAAAGAAAGCCCGAGCUGGAAGCAGGCCCUGCUGACGCUCAAGACAGUUUACAACAAAUGGAACCCUUAAGCUCGGAGGCGAUUACCUUAAAUGGGUACUACGGGUCCCAACAGCAUGCGCAUGGACUGUUGAAUUUGAUGGAGCCACCACACGACGCUUACUAUGUUGGUCAACAGAGCAUGCAAGGCCUGGGACAGCUGAACUCCCUUUCGUCUAGCCAUGAUGAUUUUUACGCGUCUCAACAAACCAUGCCUGGACUGGGGCAUCUGGAUAUUCGACAGUCAUCUUUCACUUACGGACAGGACGAGCACAAUUUGAGACCUGCUCAGUUGCAUGGUUCUGCUAGGCGUUCAUGA